AUGGCAUUUAAGUAGCAAAAGUAAAGCAAGAACUUUUUAAUUGUUUCUCGGAACACACAGUCAAAAUGGGUGUUCAUGACUUUGAAGGGAUGUAUGAUACAAUAGAUCUAUCAAGGAAAGGUGUUGUUACUGCUGAUCAAUUACAUGUAUUUUGUGAGGACCUCUACUUUUCACCAAUAUGCAUACAACACAUUGAGGGGGCCAUUAGAGUUGUAAGUGGUUCCUCAGGAAUGGUGACACGUAGAGAGUUUCUUGAUGUUCUAACAGAGGUAGAAAGAAGAAGGGCAACAGAAGAACAAGCUUACUGGGACUUCCAGGGUCUUGACUACACAGGAAGAAAUUUGAUCACUCUUCAUGAGACACUGCUGCUGUUUAAAGAGAUUCAUGGUGAGAAGUUUUCACUCGCAACUUGGCACCGGUUUGUGAGCUCCAGAGAGUACCCAGAAGCUGAUGUAUGCUUUGAUGAAGUUCGGUUCUGGUUGUGUGACUUGCCAGUAGGAUCCCCAUGCUCAGACAAAGACUUGAAGGAAGAAGAAAAUAAAAUAUUGAUGAGGCAGAUGAAUUAUGAAUCAGACUUGUACAGAUCAAUGCAAGAAUCUCUGGAUGAUGAUGACAGUAAACAUAAGGACCACGAAGAACAUGUGGAGCAUCAAAUGUCAAAUGCCAGACGAAAACUAGACAAGUGGAAUCAUGAAGGUUUAGAGGCUAUGUUAUUUGAUGAUGGCCUUGAUAUUGAUCCGAGCAAAGUCAAGGGUAAGCCUAAAGGUCAUGUGAAUAUGAAUGACCUUUAUGAAGUGUUGGAGAUGAAAUAUGAAGCCCUGAAAGAGAAACUUAUGUUAGAGAUGGCAAAACAUGGAGCUGCUGUUGAAGAGGAGAUACCAGAAGUCUUUCAGCAAAUACAAAAACAGAUUAAAAAUCUCUUACGCGAUGGCUCCGCAUUCAACGGUUCCCUGCCUGGAGGUUCGUACCAGAUGCUGGCCACACUGACUGGCCUGAUGGGUGAACUACGAUUACAUGAUAGGGAACACCGGCGCCAGAUCGAUGAGAUGAAGGUCAGGUUGAAAGAGAAGGGAAAAUCAGCGCAGGACAUAGCAAUGGCUGUACAAGAUAGAUAUGAGCAAAUAAUUUCAGGUGAUUCUACAUGCACUGGACUUGUACUGCAGCUACACAAGCGUCAUCGCCAGGAACGUGAGGCUCUACUCUCUACUCUAAAAUUAGAUGUAGGAAACUCUUUUAACAAGGCGAUGAUUAUAGAAUAUGCUAGGUUAAUGAGACAGAUAUUCCUGAUGGAACAAGAGACGGGGUUCAUAUCCGUGGCAACAACUGUAGGGUUGGCAGAAAGAGCUAUGGAACCAAGAAUAGACAGGUCAGAUUGGGACAGAAGUAGGACAGAGCGUCUUGCCCAGCUCCGUAUACAAGAUAGGGUAGGAAAGUCUCAGUUGAAGUCACCACAAGAUAUUCCAGACAGACAUUUCCUGCAACAAUUACAGCUUGUUGAUCUACAGGUAGAACUGGUCAGAGAAAUGACUAAAAAACAUUUCUAUGAAAGGGAGGCUCUCAUAUUCUUGUUACAAAGCAAGGAAGCUAAAGACGGCAUUGCCAAGGCAAGAAAACUGAAACCAGAGGAAAGAAAAAUGCAGCUCAAACUUCUCCAGAGUCAGCAUCAAAACUGGAAAAUUAAUCCAAGGGCAGACAAAUCUGUCUCGAGAGGAAUCAUCAUGCAAGCAACAUGUUUGAGGUAUGAGGAGCGGAGGUUUGAGCUAGAGAAUAGUGGAAAUAGAAGCAUCUCAGAAGAAGAAAUGUAUGAAGUUUUACUUGCUGAUUUACAGCAAAGGCAAGGUGUUGACUUUGAGGGAAUUCUUCAAGACAUACAAAAAAUGGGUACUGAUGAGAUAAUCAAAGUGUUUGGUAAACAAUGUACAGCUAGGAUAGAGGAACACUAUGACAACAUUGCUAUAGUAAUGCUGGGUACACUAGACGUCACAGAGGAGGAUGAGGAAUAUCUCAAGGCAUUGGAAAGCAAGUAUGAGAGACUGAGAAAGACAAUGUUGUUGAUGUCAUUGAAAGACCAGAUGGAUUGGAGAAGCCUUUCCAAAGAGGAGAAACAAGCUGCUAUGAAGGAGAUUAUUAAACAAGAGAAGCUCUUCAGAAGUGAGGGGAAAUUGUUAGAAAUGGAGACAUUACUUGGUCCUAAAGCUAAAGCUAAGAUAUUGCCAGCAUUGCGUACAUUGAUUGGUGAAGAUAAGGCGGAGUAUGUGAGAAGAAAACAACAGCAGAAACUAGAUGAAGAUCCAGUAGACAAUAACAAAGUUAUUAACCUGCUUGCUGACCUAAUGCCUCGCUUUGAUAAUGAGAAAGAAUAUCUGUUGUCAUGGUUACAUUCUCCGGAAGCGAAAAGUUUGAGUUUAAGAAUGAAAAGAAUGAGGAUUGUUGAGAUAAAGAUUGAAGCAUACAGAGUUGAGGUAGAGGAAGAUUUUGAGACAGCUACUCUUAGUAUAGGUCUGAUGGAGAGAGUGAAAGAUACACUAACACAGAGACAUGACAGUGAUAUUGACAGACAACGAGAGUUGUCACGGAAACGUGUACAACAACGAAGACUCCGUCUGCAACAACACGAGGAGUUCACAAAGGAACCGGAGGUCUCCAAGGACAAAAUACCUGCUUCAGGUGAUUUAACAGGACUACAAAUUGUGUAUGUACGAGAAAUGCUGAAACGACAUGGUGAUGAAAGGGAGAUAAUUCUGAACCAUUUACAGGAUGAAAGUAUAGAUGAUCUGGUGGAAGCCGCCUCAACGAUGUCGGAAGAUGAGCGUCAGAGAAGGUUGACAGAACUGCAAGGAAAACGACAUAACUUGAAUCUCACAAACCCAGAGGAUAGAGAGGAACAUGUGAGUAUAUUAGAAGAGGCUGCGGCAUUGAGGGCAGUCAGUGUGAAGGAGCAGCUUGCAGUAUCGGGAAACACGAACAAUAUGGAGGCCAUAGCUGUUGUUCUGCUGGCAGAACUUCAGGAGGAACAAGAUCGAGAAGUGGCCUUGACCUUGGAACAUAUUGAAAACAUGAAUGAGGAAGAUAUCCGAACCAGUCUGAGUAGAGAAAUCAACAAUCGUAGACUUGGUAAUGCUUGGAACGUUAUUGCUGUCUUUACAAGAUACCAAGGGGAGGCCACUGAUGAUCUACUACUCAAGGCACUUGAAAAUAAGUACACUGUGAUACGACAGAAACUAUUGGUUGACUGUAUCAGGAUAAGAAUGGGAACUGACCAAUGGGAAGAGCUGUCUCCGAAUGAAAAACAACACAAGUUGAUGACGCUUGAUGCUCAGGCAGUGGAACAAAUUAAGAUUGGUCAGAUUAUGCCAUCACUGUUGGGUGAAGGUUUCCAUCUUAAAGAUACUGUGCUACAGAUUAUGGGUAUAUGUCCACAUGUGUUUAGAAAUAAGGUCAAAGGUCAACAAGUUAUUGGAAACCACAGUAAUCUGAGUAUGGAUGAAGAUACUGGUGCAAUAAGCAAAAAGGGAGAACCAGAAAAUCCACUGAAGGAGUUAUAUUCAAGACUAGAGGAGGAGAGGAUAGCAUUGAAUAGAAUGCUCAAAGGACAAUCUGAAGAUCAUUUUAGUGAAAGUGAACGUAUGAUACAGUUAGCACGUUACCAUAGAGAAGCUCUGUUAGCCAGUCAGGAAGAGGCUUUCGUUACCACGGCAACAAUGGUUGGUCUAAUGGAAAGACAGCAAGAGGAAAUUAAGUUUAGACUUAAGAAAGAUGCAGAAAGAUACAUAAAACUUGCCAAGAAGACUAUUGUAGAUGUGGAGAAAGGGAGACAAUCCAGUCUGACGACAGAGGCACCCCAUACUAGAUCUGCUAUUCAACAUGUGGAUCAUAUAUUGACUUUACUGGAAACCAAGCACAUCAAGGAGAGGGAACUAUUUUGUCGUCUGCUGUGGAACACUGAUAAAUUUGGUGAAGCCAAGGAGCUUGCUUCUAUGGCAACACAACAGGAACAACUUAAGAAAAUGACGGAACUCAGGAAUCUCAGAAAUAAAACAGUGCAAAACAGGAGAAGUGAAAAUCUAGAAGUUCUAUCAGAGGCAACAGUAUACAAGAAGGAAGGUUGUAGAAUGAAACUGUCUGAAGAGAAUGAUGAUGUUACAGAUGAACAUGUCUGCUGUACUUUGAUGGCCCUCUUAUUGGAGUACCAGAACUCAGAAGCUGAGAGGCUUAUAAAAGGACUUGCAACAACGAAUGAUGAUGGAAUUAGGUCAGCAGAAAAAAGAAUUCAAGAAGAAACCAAAUCCAAUAUGGCUGACAAUAUUGCACUUGUAGUGCUCUCCCCUGAUCCAACAGAUGGCACCACUGAUGAUGAGGUCAUUGAUGCUCUUAAGAGCAAAUAUGAUGCUCUGAAAGAUAAACUGCUGGCUGAAGCCUUGCUGAAAGAGCUUGGAGAAUCAGAGUGGAAUCGUCUCUCAGACACAGAGAGGCAGAAAAGGAUAUUUAAGUUAAAAAAGAAAGAGAGACAACUACGCAAAGCUGGCAAGAUAGAUGAAGCAAAUGCCCUAAUUGGUGAGCUGUUAAAAGACCAGGAAAAUCUACGCAAGUUGAUGGGUGACUCUGUACAAGAUCAGAGGCAGAAACUUCAGGAUAGACUGAAACGUAGGAGAGAAAGACUUGCCCAAGGAAUGACAGAAGAAGAAGUAGAUGAAUUAGAGAAACAGGAGAUAGAAGCAGAGGAAGAAGAAGAGAAAAACAAAAGAAGAAACAUUCUAGAAGAUUUGGAAUACAGAUUUGAAAAAGAAAAGGAAGAGCUUCUGCGCAGAUUAGGUGAGGCUGGUAGUGAGUUUGAUAAAGAACGUGAGAGACAGGCUCACCUGGCACGUCUGAAGCGAGACCAGAAACUGGCACAGAGAGAGGGAAACUUUGACGGAGCUGCUCUUAUACUUGGUCUUGCCGAGCAGAGGGAUAAAGAUGCUCGUCUGGCAAAGGAAGAAGAAAGGCUGAGACAAGAGAAGCUUGCUCGUGAGCGGUUAGAAGCAGCUAGGAACAGUAAGAAAGGUAAAGGCAGUAUGGAGGAGGAGGUUGACAUGGGCCCGGUAGAUACAGAGGAUCCGGUAUCACUACAGGAGGCUAUAGCUAAUGAUAUGGACAGGAGACAUCAAAAAGAACGAGAGAUUUUUGUGAAGUUAAUGGAUGAGAGUGUUGGUAGUAAACAGAGAAAGGACGCCAUGGACAUGAGUGAUGAUGAAAGGGGUGACAGGAUGUUUGAAAUAAACGAACUCUAUAAAAACUGGAAAAAUUCCGAUGAGAAAAAUCUGAAGGAACAAAUGGAGCUUUUGAAGGAUGCAAUAAGUGUAAUGUUAGAGAUGAUACGUUGUGAGUCUGAGGCAGACGGUCAAGUGGUAACCGAUGACGACCUUCAGGUUAAACUGCUGGCUGACCUACAGGAGCUGCAAAAAGUUGAAGCUGCGAAAUUGUUAAAAGACAUUCAAGAUAAGGAUUUAAAAGGAUUGCAGCAGCUUCACCGAGCUAUUACAGUGAUUAACAAAGAUGAGUCAUGUGACAAUAUUGCUGCUGUGUUGCUAGGAGACAGGUCAAGGUCAGAGAAUGAUGGUGAGGAAGAUGAGGAAUCAGGGGAGACAACUGAAGCUAGUGUAGUUAAGGCUCUAGAGGACAAAUAUGAUGCUAUGAAAGACAAAUUGUUAAUGGAGGUUUUGAUGAAAGAGCAUGGGGAAGCUGAAUGGAACAGAAUGUCUGAGAAGCAAAGACAGAAAAAACUGAUAGAUUUAAAAGUCAAGGAAAGACAACUACGCAGAGAGGGCAAGAUGGAUGAAAUUGCCAAUAUCAUUGGAAGCUAUCUUGAAAAUGAAAAAUUGUUGGAUGAUUUUAUUGUGGAGACGGAGCAGCAGCAACGAGAGAGGUUGGAGGCUAGGUUAAAGAGACGUAAACAACUGAAAGAGGAGCGGGAGGCACAGGGGCUCACAGCAGACGACACAACAAUAGAUGCCAUUGUUGAAGAAGAGGAGGCUGAGAUUAUGAGGCAAAAGAGAAGGAAUAUUCUUGAAGAUCUACAGAGGAAUUUUGAUGAUGAGAAAGCACAGUUACUAAAAACAUUAUCCUACCAGACAGACAAGGCCUCUCAAGAAAAACAGAGACAGAUCGAACUUGCCAAGUUGAAGAGGGAUGAGCGGAAGAUGAAGAAGGGAGAGAAGUUGAACGAAAUUGUAAUGAUCAUACAUAGUUCUAAGGAAGAUGAAAGAAGGAGAGAAAAAGG